AUGACGACCCGCUGCCUUCCUGCGCUGCCGGACGGCGGCCGAAAAGCCAACGUGGAGACCAGAAUAAGAGGAGUUUUUGUCACGCAGUCGGAGGAGAACAGUUACAGGAAGGAAGGACAUGGGAGCCACACACCUGCAGGAACACAGACUUGGAGCAGAUUUCGAGGAACAGGAGUGCACACUUUGCAAAAGAGCCUGGUCCUGAAGAAGCAGGCCGAGCUGGACGAGGUGGACAAGCGACUGGCGCUCAGACGGCAGGAGUUUGAGGAGAACGUGGAGGCUCUGGCUCACAGAAGGUCCGAGCUGGAGGAAAAACAACAGCAGACUAAAGAAAAGGUGAUGAAAUUCGAGAAGUUUGUGGCUGAAAACGAAGCGAAGCGACGUCGAAUGCUGAAGACGUGUGAAGCGACGCGGGAGCAGAACGCUUUGAAACGGACGGAGAUCGAAGAUUUGACCAAACAGCUGAAGCAGCUUCGAGCCCGGAAGCAAGUUUUAAAGGAGAGAAUGACAAAAUACAAAAUGUACGAGGACUACUUGAUGAAAACGCUCGAAAACUUCCCAGGCAGUUACCUUGAUAACGGCUCUGAAUCUCUGGUCAUGCCCAUCAUCCGGCGCCACGAGGCCCUGUCCAUCACCUAUCAGGAGCUGCUGCAGCGUCUGGGCCGUAUGGAGGAGCAGGUGGAGCAGGGCCACCGACAGCUGCGGAGCAUGAAGCAGGAGCACAGCAUAAGGAAGCUGAUGGCCAGCAAAGAAGUGUCUGAACUCCAGAGCGAGUUAGAAACCCUGACAGAGAAGAACAAGCAGGCAGAGGUCAACUUCCUGAUGGAGCAGAGUCUGUCCAGGGAGAAGGUGAAGGAGGACGGCAGAUUACUGAUGGCCGUCAACAACCUGGCAGAGCAGUGUUACCUCCCAGCAUACGGCCCGCUGGAGAGCAUGAACGUGUUGACGGUGAUGGACAUGGUGAAGGAGUUCAUUCUGGACAAGGCCGACACGGAGAGGAGGGUGAGGAGGCUGAUGGAGUCGGGCUCCGCCACGACGAGCACGACGGCCGCGACGGACAAAAAGGGAAGAGGAUCUCUGAAAAGCAUCGGGAGCAAAACGCAGAUCAAAAGCUCGAGCAAAGUCAGCAGGAAGAGCGAGACGCUGAGCUGAUGCUGUGGUUUCAGGAUGUAUCAGAGAAACUUAGGAUGGUUGAGUCUUGAUGCUGGAAGGAGAAAAAAUGACGACAAUUUAGCAGAUGUUUUCUGUUUAAGUAAAUUUUUAGAUAUAUUUGAUUGUUCUUAUAGCGAAUUCUCAGUGUUGGAAGCAGCUAUGCACCAAUUAUUGCACUUUAGAUGAGAUAUAUAGCCACUGAAAUGAAAACAACAGUUUCAAAUGAAGAACUUUGCAAAUGUUUGUCACUGAAAUCUAAUCAUUGUUUCCUUUUAAAAUAAAAUGAUCACAAUUAAA